AAACGUAGAAAAAUAAAUGAAUGACGUUACAAUUUGUUGUCAUCGUUCGUUAUCAAGUUUUACGUUUUCCUUUAAUUUAGUCGGUUAUAAUUAUAAAAUUUCUCACUUAUCAAAGAGAGAAUUGUACUCAACAUUUUCACGAACUUGUUUAUUUUCAUAACACAGACCGACACCCUUUAGAUCAAUAUGAAGCCUAAUGGAGGUGGUGAUGAGUUCGAAGAACCAGAACAUAUGCGCAAACUGUUUAUCGGUGGAUUAGACUACCGAACAACCGACACGUCUUUGAAGGAAUUUUACGAGCAAUGGGGCGAAAUUGUAGACGUGGUGGUCAUGAAAGAUCCACAAACAAAACGAUCAAGAGGGUUCGGCUUCAUUACUUAUUCUCAAGCUUCAAUGGUUGACGAAGCACAGAGCAAUCGACCGCAUAAAAUUGAUGGCAGGAUUGUGGAACCCAAACGGGCCGUGCCAAGGGAAGAAAUUAAGAGGCCUGAUGCAAGUGCUACAGUUAAAAAGCUGUUUGUUGGGGGCCUGAAGCAAGAUAUUGAAGAGGAGGACCUAAAGGAAUACUUUAGCCCUUAUGGAAACAUUGUGUCUGUUAGUUUAGUUACUGAAAAAGACACUGGCAAGAAGAGAGGCUUUGGUUUCAUUGAGUUUGACGACUAUGAUCCCGUUGAUAGGAUAUGUUUGCAACAGAACCACAAUGUGAAAGGGCGUCAUCUAGAUGUGAAGAAGGCUUUGUCGAAGUCCGAGAUGGCUGGCGGGCCCCAGGGCGGCGGCGGCGCGCGGCGCGGCGGACGCGGAGGCGGCGGCGGCGGCGGCGGCGGCGGCGGCGGCGGCGCGUGGAACCGCGGCAACGACAACCAGGACUGGGGGAAUCAGGGAGGGUAUGGACAAGGAGGAGGAUGGGGUAGCCAGAAUCCGUGGGAGUCCAACAACCAAGGCGGUUGGGGCAACCAGGGCUAUGGAGACCAGGGUGGUUGGGGUCAGCCCCAGAGCUUUGGCGCUGGAUACCAGCAGAACUACUCAGGAGGGCCUAUGAGGGCCAAUUAUAAUACUUCUCGCCCUCAGCCUUAUAAUCAAGGCGGCGGCGCCGGCUACGCGGCGGGCUACAGCAGCGCGGGCGGCGCGGCCGCCGGCGCCGGCGCGGCCGCGGGCGCCGCCAACCAGCGCCGCUUCUAGUCCUCUUGUAUCAAGUUGCGCUUAGUUGAAGCUAGGCAGGCAGAAUGUUAGACGGGAGGUAGGCCAGGCGUCAGCUAGCUAGUGAGGGACAAGCGGACUUUACCAAGUGACUACAAUUACAUAGUCAUUUUACAUUUUUUUCUUCAACUAAGGUUGGUUCACAAUAAGGUACUGUGUAGGCAAUAGAUUCAUUUUUCCUAUUUUUAAGAUUGUAAUAGUGGUUUAGUACUCAAUGUUUUUAUUCUUUUAAUACUAGAAUUGCAACAUACAAGAUUCACUGCAAUACCUGUUUCCUGACACGAGACAUUUUGCUGAGUUGCCUAGAAUCUUCGUCAUAUUAAAUAUUGGCAUUAUCGAAAGUAUUAAAUACAAAUGAUGAGUAAAAUAAUUACAGGUACAGGUGCCCAAAAAUAAAAGAUUGUUUCGUUCGGUCGUUGGUUUCAAAGUUUGGUGUGUCUGGAAAUUGAUAUCAUGAGGAUGUUGUACUUUGCAUUUCCAGUCUUGAGAGAGUGAAAGUCAAAUCACAGUUUUUACAUUUUGACGUGUCACAGUGUCUGUAAUGCACGGAUUUUAGACAGGUAUCUAUCGCACCAGCCGUCCACAUAAGACGUUAAACGCAAGCAGGCGAUUAAGUCUUUUUCAAUUUAUGUAAAAGCUGUGGCUUAAUGCAUUGUUACGUUUCUAGUUCGUAAGUGAGAAAAAAAAAAACAAUUUGAAUUCGACUUAUCAGUGUUUAAUAUAAAGUCGUGGGUUAUAUUUUAAUUUAAAAUUUAACGUUCAGAAUGCUAGGACUAGUUAUAAAUUGACAUUCCAAAGGAUUCUAAACAGUUGCUGAGGUGUAAUUCGUUACAUGUUAUUGAGAAUUCAUGUGAUUAUACUUUAUAUCGCAAUAAACAACUAAUCUGUACGUAAAGUUGUCAAUAUGUAAUUACAUUUUUAUUGGAUAUUGAAAUGAAAUUGUUAUAUAUAUUUAAAAUUACAAGAUUGUUCACAAAUUUCGAUAUGCUAGUCAAAACAGAGACAUUUUCUGGCUAAGUAAAUGUUAUUUACGCGUUUAACCCCAUUUAUAGUUAAGGAUAAUAUGUCUAUUUGUUUUAGUUUGUUUUUCUCAAUUUUACCUACAAUGUUAAUGUAGAUUCCUCUUACAUAUGUCUGUGUGCAAUGUAUUAAAUAAUAACUGUUUUCCAUGGACUCUUCUACAUGCGGACGAGCAUUCCUCGUGGAAAAGGCCAUGGUAAGUUGACUUUUCCCAAAUAAAUAUAUUUCAACAAUUUAA